UUUGAAUAUUUGUUUGUGAUAUAUAAAUCAACAACAGCAAAUGUCUAUAUGCUGCGCGGUCGUAAGUUUGUACCUAAAACUGACAAAAUAUUUACAUAUUUCGGACUUGACUUUGAUGACCGUUGUACUAAGUCGAUAUGUCGUAGACUAUCGAUAUCAGGUCGUGCAAGGUUUCCUACAUCUGAAUUCUCAGUGCUACAGCGAGAAUAACAGUGUGAGGCCCGGCGUUGUUUGCUGUGACGAACGUUAAAGGUUCGACACUCAUUGGUGCCAUCCGCUCCUUUUCAAGAUGAUUGCUAGAAGUAUGUCACCAUCAAGAUGCUGUGCCAUUGUGGACAGCCAUCCCAUUUCUUAGCAACGGAUUUAGUGUGACCAGGUCACUAGAAGAAGUUUAGGUUUGAUUUAAUAGAUAGCAAAACUUGGCCAGCUACCAAAACUUGGUGAUAUUUUAUUUGGUGAUUCAUCUCUCAAGACAGGAAUUAUUUAGUAGAGGAACAAUAAAGUUUACACACAGUCUGAUCUCAACAAAAUGCUUUUGUAACAUUUUAAAGGCUACUGUGAGGAAAAAAUACUCAUUUCAUAGAGAACAAAAAUUCUCUAUUCCCUUUUUUGUUUUCUAUUUUGGAACAAAAAAGGGAUAGAGAGGGAAGAAAAAGAAAGUUAAAACUGCUUAACCUUAAAAUAAAAACAAUCCUUCCAUCAAUUGAGGGACACGCUUAAUUCGUCGACUGGGCAAAAGUUUUGCUUUGGAUAAAAUUGAAUGAUUCUCUACUGCAGUGUUUGAGCUGGAAUAUUAUCCUUUGAAAGAAUAGAAACUAUUUUGAAAAAGAGGCCUAAUUAUUUUCAUAUCUUGCCGUCAUUAAGAGUAAUUCAUUGACAAGACUUGGUGUACCACAGAUCACAUACAGGCAGAUAGAGGUGCUCAUAUUUUGGCUUUUUCUCUUAAGAGCAAAAAAAUCCAAAAGCCAGAGGUGGUAUUUAAAACAAAAAGCACUAAAAUAUUACGGGGUACUUAAGAUAGAUAAGGGAAUGAAGCUCAGGAGCUUAUAGAAAUUCCAUAGAGAAAGGAAUUCUGUGAUAAUUAUUUUUUUAUAUUAUUCAAGAAGAUAUUGAAUGGAAGUAUUAACAAUGGCAGACUGGAAUGAUGUAACAUGAAGAUAAUUUGGAGUAACAAGAAGUGUGUGUGAAGUAAAAUUGAAAAUUGGAAGAAAGAGCAUUAGAUACUUAAAGUUAUUUAAUUUAGUCACUUCUUGAAAUAUCUUGAAUAUAACAGAACUCAGUGGUAUUUUAUUUUACAACAUUUUCAUAAGCAGCAUCAUGAUUGAAGCGUACUCAUCAGACGUUUUGUGGAUUCUCAUCGUUGGAUUUAUUGUUGCAUUUAUCUUGGCAUUUGGAAUUGGAGCAAAUGAUGUGGCUAAUUCUUUUGGUACAUCAGUGGGUUCAAAAGUUUUGACAGUUAGACAAGCAUGUUACUUAGCUACAAUAUUCGAAACUGCAGGAGCUAUAUUAAUUGGUUACAAAGUGUCAGACACCAUGAGAAAAGGAAUAUUAGAUGUUAACCUUUAUGAGGGACGGGAGAGAGAAUUCAUGCUUGGGUUCCUCUCAUCCCUUGCUGGCAGUGCAGUGUGGCUCCUUGUUGCAACGUUUCUGAAGCUGCCUAUAUCGGGAACUCAUAGUAUAGUUGGAGCCAGUGUUGGUUUCUCCCUAGUUGCACAGGGAUUUGCUGGAUUGCAAUGGAUGACACUAGUUACAAUUGUUGCCUCGUGGUUCAUCUCACCAGUACUUUCUGGAAUGAUGUCAACCGUCUUGUAUUUGCUCAUCCGGAAAUUCAUCUUACGGGCACCACAACCAAUAAAACCAGGACUUAGAGCACUUCCUUUGUUUUAUGGUGUCACAGUUUUAAUAAAUGUGUUUUCUAUUGUUCACAAUGGACCGAAAUUGCUAUACUUCGAUUACAUUCCAUGGUGGGGAGCAUUGAUCCUCAGUGUGUCGAUUGGCAUCUUGGUCACCCUGGGUGUACAUUUCUUUCUUGUACCUCACCUGAGGAAUCAGAUUCUGAAGCAGAUGCGUAUAGACAAAGGUCGUGGCGUGAGUUUUACAUUUGGUGAUUCGACAGAAUCUUCCCGUGAUCCAAGCCCCAAACCAUCACGAAGUAUCUCAGUUGAAGAUGUGAAAAGAAACCUUCCAAUCAUAACAGAAACUUCUGAACCUGAGAAAAUGCAACUGGUCCAAGAUGAAAAUGAAAUGGUUCAGUUCACUGGAAAUGCAGCCAAUGGCACCCGGAAUGGGCAAACUACAUACUGUUUCCCAUUGCCUCAGCCAAAUGAUACAAAUACUAAACUGAAUGGUUAUCUACUUGCUGAAACAGCGAUUGGGGCUACAAAGGAUAAUAUGGAGAUUGCUACACUGACACCAGCAAAUGGGAGUACUAUUGCAGCCAUUGUUCCCACACAGCACCAGCAACUUCAUCCAGAAUCAGUUUUACCAGCUAGUGGCCAAGUUACACCAGCUUUUGGUCUUUCUCCCAAUAGCAGUGCAGUUCCUUUAAUCAAAGAAAAGACACCAGAACAAAUGAAACUUGAUCCUGAGAGUGUAGCACCAGAAACACAAAUAAUUCAAUCAAAAGACGAUCCACCUGAAGCAGCUAAACUCUUUGCAUUUCUUCAGAUACUCACGGCUUCAUUUGGUUCAUUUGCUCAUGGAGGGAAUGAUGUUAGUAAUGCUAUUGGGCCUUUAAUCGCCCUGUGGCUGAUCUUCAAGGAGGGAUCAGUGGCCCAAGAAUCUGAGACACCUCUUUUCAUCUUGUUUUACGGUGGACUGGGUAUCUCAGUUGGUCUGUGGUUGUGGGGGCGUCGUGUCAUUCAGACAAUCGGAGAAGAUCUGACAAAAAUAACUGCCUCAACGGGAUUUUCGAUUGAGAUCGGUGCAGCCUUUACGGUACUCUUGGCAUCAAAGAUAGGUCUUCCCAUUAGUACAACACAUUGUAAAGUGGGUUCAGUUGUAUUUGUUGGCUGGUUUAGUUCAGACAAAAGUGGUGUGGACUGGAAACUUUUUAGGAAUAUCAUUUAUGCGUGGGUUUUCACAGUGCCAGUUGCAGCAGGCCUCAGUGCUGCAUUCAUGUGGAUACUACAGCAAGUUGCGCUGUGAUGCUGAGAACAACAAACAGUACAAAUACCAUAUUUAUGUCAGUACUUAAAAUUAAAUGUUUAGAACUAACUGUUAGGAGAAAGAAGGGGUGAAAUGAUGUGAACCCUGGUGUACAGCUGUUGCCAAACUGCCAGCUGGUGUCAAUGUUAAUAAAGGAAUAUUUGUGCCCAUUGUAAUGUGAAACAGGUGAAACUGAUCACUGAGAGCUGUUAUGUCUCAAAUAAAUUAUUACUAUUUCAUUUGCUUUAAAUUAAAGUGCACAGAUAUAAUGAAGAAAAUUAUGUAAUUUUCCAAUCAUUUCAGUAAUUGUCUACUGAACGUAUAUGUAUGAAAGAGAGAUUUAGUUUGAGAUCAUAUUCUGAAUGAUAGUGCUAUGUCUAUGUGUUGACUAACUGCCAAGAAACAAUGAUGGCGUGGAUUUGGGGGAGGAUUGAAGGGGGAAGGGAGACCUGCUUAUGAAAUUUUGUCAUUUGUUGAAGUUUUCUUUAUCUUUUGUCAAUGAGAUGUUCAGUUUCAGCUAUAAGAGAAAUACAUUGAGACAGGCCAGAUGUUAAAUGGUGCUACAUGUUUUUACCAUACUGUGCUGGUUUAAAGGAAGGCAGAAAAAGCUAAGCUGUGAUUAAAUAGUAUAACUGAUAAUAGUAUUUGAUUUCUAAAACUUGUAUAGUUUAUAUGUGUGUAUUGUUAUCCAGAGUAAUUUAGAGAUUGCACAGAAGAAAAUUUUCAAUGUAUAGCAAUAUUACAAAUUUUUACAGUUACUGAUAGAGAAAUAUGCCGUUUUCAGUCUGAUUUUAGAGCUAUAGAUUGUAUGUUUCUUAAGAGAAAAUGGAGAAGUAGCUGGUCCAUGAUUUUUAAAAAUAAAAACUUUGUGUGUUUGAAAAGGUGAGCUAGAUUAUUGAAUGAAAUUUUUAGGAAUACCCCGUAAUAGCUUCUGGGACUAAAGGGCAGCACUAGUUACGUUGCUGAAUUGAUGCAGUGUUAAUUUACCUUUGUGUGCAAGUGUAGUGCAUCUUUCUUUAAACAGCAGUGUAAGUUCAUUGAUGGAUGUAUUCUGACUAGUCAUACUUCCCAGCCACCAUUUCAUUGACACAUAAAAUAAAUUGAAUCCUGAACUGUGGGUACACUUGGCAGAAAAAUGAGUUGAGUUGCUUAUGUAAUAUGUUCUAUAUAUAUGUAGCAGAAGCAGAACCUUAUUUCCUUCAGCUUCUGCAAGAUGAAUUAUGAUUCAUAAUGUUUUAAUGGUUAUUUUGACAUAAUGCAGCUUUGCUAGUUUUACAGUGGCAGUUGAGUCACCACAUUGUGUUUACUCUGUCUUAAUAAUAGAAAAAAAAAUAUUUGCUCAGUUCAUAUAAAUGACAGCAAAUCCUUUUAUUGUGUCUGACCAUGUGGACAAUGUCUGCAGUGUGUUGUGAGUGAAUAUCUCAUUGCAAACAUUUUCAGUUGAGUGAGUGUGACCUUAAAGAUGCCGGCAGCUCUCCUUCACAGAAUAGUACCCAAAUCUCACUGAUUUUCAUGUUAUCUCCUGUUCCCAAUCCAUAUUGUUCAUCAUAAGAUUUAUUUUUCCAAUAGCAAGUAAUGUCAAAUACCAUCCGAAGUUGAUAAACCUUAAUGUAUGUUGUUCAUGAUUCCUCAAAAGUUAUACAUAAUGGCAGGCAACAAGACAUAAGCACUGCAUCAUUGAUGUAUGUGAAAGAUUGUGAAUUACAUUAUUUGUACUAUUAAACUGAAA